UUCUCUGAGAAAUUGUUGUAUCCCAGCAUCCAGCAAUCCGCCGUGCUCUGCGUAUAUUCUCUAUUUUUUUUUUUUUUAUUAUUAUUUUGCCGUAGGAGUUCAGGUUGUCCCCCUCUUCAUCUAAAGGGUACUCCGAGGCUUUGAUCCUAGAGGACUGGGUUUGCGGGAUAUGGCCCAAUAGCAGCAGCACGUGAUGCCGGACCAUGACAGCGACUCCCUCCUGAACAGACAGACCAAGCGAAGACGUGUGGACAUUGGUGUUAAGAGGACCGUGGGCAGCACAGCCUCCUCCACAGCAGCAGCCACAACAACAACAACCACUGAUAACAUUGCCCGCGCCAAAGCAGCCAUUUUCAGUGCCAUGAACUCUCUGAGCUCCCACUCUCACCACGGAUCAGACACCGACUCCAUGGAGUGCUCUGUAGUGCAGCCACAUGGUGGACCUGGCGUUGUGUCAGCCAGCGACAGUGAGUCCAAAUCCAAUGUCCUCCGAAAGCUACUGAAGAGGGCCAACUCAUACGAGGACACCAUGAUGCCCUUCCCUGGCACCACCAUUAUCUCUCAGCUUCUCAAGAAUAACAUGGCUAAAAAUGGAGGACCCGAGAGGGGAGAAAGAGGGGACAGGGGUGAUAGAGGGGAUAGGGGAGAUAGAGGGGAUAGGGGAGAUAGAGGGGAUAGGGGAGAUAGAGGGGAUAGGGGUGAUAGAGGGGAUGUUGGCUUCCCCGGAUCAGGGCUCUCCAAUGCAAGUUCAGAUGCUCCCCAGGAGGAUGCCUGCAGUAACUCCUCCCAUGAUAGCACCCCUCAAGAGUGCUUGUCACCCUUUGGUCGUCCUCCUGGCCUUGCCACCUUUGACAUUGAACGUCUCAACGAUGAACACCUGCGUGCCAAGCGAGCCCGUGUAGAGAACAUUAUACGUGGUAUGAGCCACUCACCCAGUGUGGUGGUACCUGCUGCUUCCCGUCAUGAGCGUGAGCAUGAGAUGGAUCGAGACCGGGAGAUGGAUCUAGACUGCCCACCCCCUCAGUCUCAGCAGCAGGCCCCCAGCAGCCCACGGGGAGGCGAGGUGUGCAGCAGUAGCAGCAGAGAGAACAAGCGUAAGCAGCGUCUGCCUCAGCAGCAACAGCAGAGCUUCACCCAGCUGGUGUGCCAGAGGAAGGAGCAAAAGCAGGAGGAGCGACGGCAACUGAAGCUGCAGCUGGAGGACAUGCAGAAACAGCUACGCCAGCUGCAGGAGAAGUUCUUUCAGAUUUAUGACUCAACCGACGACUCGGAACACAAUGACCUCCACAAUGACCUCCACAAUGACAUAGGAAACAUGUCCGAGGACAGCCCAGCCAGGUCUGACACCGGCGGUGAUGACCGGGGUGGAGAUGACUUGCGCUCUGACAAUGAGAUGUCUGACCUGGACCCGGGCCAUUUCCUGGACAGGGCGCGGGCGUUGCUUCAGGAGCAGGCCAUGCUGGCAGCUAGAGAGAAGCCAAGAAGAGAGGGCCUCAGCAGGAGCAAAGGACAGGGAGGUCCAGGCUCCUCAAUGCAUGCUGAAGGUAAACAGCUGGCGGAGACACUGAAGCAGGAACUCAAUUCAGCCAUGACCCAGGUGGUGGACACAGUGGUGAAGGUGUUUGCCAAGCCUCCACGCCCUACACCCCAGCAGGCCUUCCCCUCACUUUCCAUACCUCCUGAAAGAUUUCCCACCACUGUCAAUGGAGACAACCCCAACUUCCACACCACCAACCAGAGGCUGCAGUGCUUCGGUGAUGUCAUCAUUCCUAAUCCACUUGACUCCUUCACCAGCAUGCCCGGGAUGCCAGGUCCCACCAAUGACCAAACAGAGGCGAUACCCUUAGUCGUGAGGAAGACACCCAGUGAGCACCACCACCACCACCACCACCAAUCCUCAGCUGUGGGUGCCCAUGGCGGGCACCACCACCCCGUCCUUCACCCCUCCUCACUCUCUGCCUCCAUGGGCUUCAGCCCCCCAUCCUUUAGACACCCCUUUCCACUGCCUCUCAUGGGCUACCCGUUCCAGAGUCCCCUUGGCGGGCCCACAGGUGGCUACCCAGGCAAGGACCGUUCCUCUCCAGACUCCAUGGACCUGUCCCGGGAGACCACCAGCCUGAGGACCAAGAUGGCAUCAGGUCACCACAUGGGGCACCACCAUCGCUCUUGUUCACCAGCGCACCCUGGCAGCACAGCCGAGGGACUCUCCCUGUCCCUCAUCAAGUCUGAGUGCAGUGAUCUCCAGGACAUGUCUGACAUCUCACCCUACUCAGGCAGCAAUAUCCAAGAGGGUCUCUCUCCCAAUCAUCUGAAGAAGGCCAAGCUCAUGUUUUUCUACACCCGCUACCCGAGCUCUAAUAUGCUCAAGAUGUUCUUCUCUGAUGUCAAGUUUAAUCGCUGCAUCACCUCCCAGCUGAUCAAGUGGUUCAGCAACUUCAGGGAGUUCUACUACAUCCAGAUGGAGAAGUUUGCCCGCCAGGCCAUCAAUGAUGGAGUCACUGGAGUCGAGGAGUUGGGCGUCAGCCGCGACAGCGAGCUCUUCCGAGCCCUCAACAUGCACUACAACAAGGCCAAUGACUUUGAGGUCCCUGAACGCUUUCUGGAGGUGGCAGAGAUCACACUGAGGGAGUUCUUCAACGCCAUUGUGGCCGGCAAAGACGUGGACCCGUCCUGGAAGAAGGCGAUCUACAAGGUCAUCUGCAAACUGGACAGCGAAGUCCCAGAGAUUUUCAAGUCCCCCAACUGUCUCCAAGAGCUUCUACACGAGUAAAUUUCUCCUCCUCCUUUUCCUCCUCCUCCUCCUCGCUCGACGCUUUGCGCUUUUUUUUUUUUUUUCUCUGAUUUCAUAGAAUUUCUAAAUAUUCUCUUUUGUUGUUUUUUUCUUUUUUCCAAAACUUUUCUUUUGAUUUCCUGUUUUUUUUCUUUGAAUGUAUGAAAGUUAUGAAGUAGCAUUCCCAAUCUGAAGCCUGUGGCAGUUCCUAAAUGACCUAGCUAUUGUGUUGUUGUUCUUAUAUGAUAAUUAUCAAGAUGGUUUUUAUUUGUUUUGUUUUUGUAUGAUUCUGAACUGAGACUCUAAUCUUAUUGGGUGUUUUUUGGACCGUGUGAACCCUCAUCCGUUUGGCUUGUUUUAUGAUCAACACUAACAAAGUCCACAGUGUGUGGAAGACGUUCCUGAGUUCCCAUUUACACUACUAAGAACAUAGGCUGGGUUCCCUAAAGACUUUACUCAUGGCACCCUGGGGUGUCCCUCCAAUCCAGUGGGUGUCCAAAUGAACUGUGUUCCCCGCAAAGUGGGCUCCCAAUAGACUGUGCUACUGAAGAUGUCCCCAACAGGACAGUCACACACAUGCACACAAAAACAAGGCCUAGUGAGGUUACUGACUGACUGGACGAAGACUGGACUCGUGGUACUGGUCUGUACUAGUCUGUGGGACUUGGACUGGUUUCCAAUAGCUACUGAGCUCUACCAUGUUUUGAAGUGUGUUUUCCCUGCAAGUAGGGCAUUGUGUUUAUUGGGUGUACAUUAUUAUUUUGAUUAUUAUUAUUAUUAUUGUUGUUGUUGUUUAGGAUUAUUAUUAUUUGUCAUCACUGCUUGCUGAAGAUUGGCACUUCGAGAUUUGUUUGUCCCUUGAUGCUGUUGCAGAAAAAAAUAAAUUAUUGCUAUUAAUAUUAUUCAAAGAGUUUAGAUUCUGAAAUAUGUUGCCCCCCAUUUCCCAUCCUUCUUCUUACUCCUGUCUUGGUUUGUCCAUCUCUGAAGUGGACUUUUGUGGAUAUUUUGUUGUUGUUUUUUUGGUAGUUUGGGGCAACUUGCCUGGAAAGUGUUUUGAUUUGGGGUUUUAAUGGAGAGCCAUCGGAGUAGGCUUCUCUAUAUGCCUGUAGUGACUAGCCUAUCCUGCAGAGGACCAGUCCGGCAACGAUGCUGGAAAAAGAGUAAGGCUGCAGAAACACAUGAAGUAAAAAGUGCAGAAGUAUAGAAAUAUGCAGAAGACGUGUGGCCUUUUGGUGCGUGAUCUGCUGUUUUUAAAUGGCUAAUUUUCCGUAGCCACUCCAGCUUUGACAACUAAACUGCUCCCACUAAACGAGCCAUUUGUCCAGCUAUCAAAUAAAUCUUAUUCGUCUAAUUCUGUGGCGGAUUGGUGAACAUAGACAAUAAUAACUGCAUAGUCUUUUUGUCUUUUUAUAGCACUGUUCACUAAAUAGCUCAUGUGUGAGAUGAAGUCCACCUGUUUAUAUGACAGGCUUUUAUUGUGAUUAGCCUGUACAAGGUGUAAAUGACAUUAUGAAGUUAUUUCAAUAGCAGUUGAUACUUGAAUAUAUCAGAAUACUGUGGCAAUCUAAAGUACAGUGUCGCUGAAACAAUAGAUAAUUGAAUACAUACGAAUAGAAGCAUCAGGAGGAGGAAGAUAAUUUAAGGAGGGCAAAGAGAGAGGGGAAUAUAAGCUGAAACACAAGCGUUUAUUAAUUCUGCUUCAAGUGGAACAACACACACGCGCACACACUGCUCCUUCCCUCCAUGUUCACCUGCCUUUGAGUGAUCUAGCUCCUCUCUCAAUGCAACAAUACGAGGUCGGAGGUGAGCACUCACCCCAGGGGUAGAUGGAGAAGCUCUCAGCACUACAAAGAGCGGGGACAAAGGCACAGAGUGAGGAGCAACACGCACCUGAAACCCUCUGCUCUGUCCCUCCGUCCCAAACUGGCAGCUUUUAAGACCCAAAGUGUGAUUCUCUUGAAGCCACUGUGCCCAGUUUGUUAAACAGCAUUCCUUUCACUUUUACCUGAGAUUCCAAUCCCAGAUUUUCCACUUGAACUGUACAUGUAUAUCUACUGUUUUAUUCAUUUUAUCCGCCCUCUCAGGCUUUUAAGACAAAAAAAAUAAGCAGUUACUGUAAGCUGCCCUUUUGAUGAGGUAAGUUAAAGGAAUGAGAGGCCUUGAAUGCUUUCUAGAGUGCGUGCGAGCUAGCUGUUGGUCUCACCUUGGCGACAUUAUCUCAUGGUGUGUGUGUGUGUGUGUGUGUGUGUGUGUGUGUGUGUGUGUGUGUGUGUGUGUGUGUGUGUGUGUGUGUGUGUGUGUGUGUGUGUGUGUGUGUGUGUGUGUGUGUGUGUCACAAAAGAUCAAAAGGGGCAGGUUGCUUAACCUGCUGACUUGUCUAAGCAAGACAAAGCGCCUGACAAAAGGAGGCAGAGAAAGACAGAGAGCUACUCCCUUCAUUAUUUCCCCCAUCUCUUCCUCCCCGAACAGUGUUCUUCUUAAGAUACGGGAGCCCUGAGAGAGCGAGCCGGACACAUUUCUCACUGAAGGAUGGGCUAGGCCCUGCGUGUCUCAGAGUCUCAAAGCACCAGCCAAAGGCUCUAAAGUGCCACAAACAAAGGAGAAAGGAAAGGACACUUUUAUCUGAUGCACAGAUUAUUAUCGCUCCGCACCCUCCCCCUUCCUGCAACCCCACCCUAAAGUUAAAGAGUUCCUGCGCCUAAAAAGAUUAAUUCAGGAUAAUGAAGACUUUAAGUGCAAAAAGGAUUAGCAAGACCUUAAAACCGCAUUGAAAAUAUUUUUGUCAAGUUUUCCUUUUCUGGGGUCGUUUGAUUUUAAGGAUAACAUUAUUGAAAUACUUAUAUAGCCUUUUUUAAGAAUUGUAAAAGAUAAAUAUAUGGGAAAAAAUAUAUACAGUAGUGGAAGUUCUUUGGAAGGCACUGUUAAAAUUGUUUCAUUUAUGAAAUCUUGAGGGUAUUUAUAGUGACAGCUUUGUUUAAAUCUGUAAUAUGAAUAAGUGAGUUGUUGGUAGAUUAGGAGCAAUAGUUGUAGGUUUUUUGCAGGUUUUGUGACCAGUUUUCCUUUUGGUUUCUUUACCUUUUGUAUCGUGCUGAAUGGCUGUGCUCUCGAGAUCAGAAAAUAAACUUGGAAUCCGUUUUCAGAGAAUGAAAUGUUGUUGCUACUGUAAAUACUUUCAGGAUGAAACAAAGAAUAACUGUACAGUUUUUCUAUUCUCACUCAGAGUGCGUAGAGAAGGGUGAAAGUUGUUUAAAAAAAGAAGGGUGAAGAAAAGAGAGAUGACCUGCUCUCUCCAACCGGACUCAUAACCACUCUUCCAAAAACCCACAGAGGAGAGGUUUUUCUUGUUUUUUUUUCCCCUGCCAUGCCUUUAACGGGAGUCUGUUUCCCGUCGGCAGUGCCCUUGAAGUUGCACCAGCAUGCGUUUCUUUAAUUUCCGCUGACAGAACGAUGCAUUAGGCUAGCGGUCGGGUAAUGAUGAUGUCACAGAGUGGCCCGUUGGCAGGACCCGGUCUCGUCCAAAAACAAGGGCAGACUGCCGCCAUCCUAGCUCUAGAUUUGACCCGGGAGAGAGACAGGAACUCAUUGUCAUCAGGAGACCAGUGUCAUGGAGGGGGCACAUCAUGCUGUACAGUUUAAAAAGAGACUGCAGACAGAAAAAAAUGAUUUAUACCCUUUUUUACCAGGUUCAAACAGUUGGGAAAAGUUUGGACUUCUGUGGAAUUUAUGUACGCUUUGCAUUCUGUGUGUGUUUGUGUGUGUGUUAGUGUGUGUGUGUGUGUGUGUGUGUGUGUGUGUGUGUGUGUGUGUGUGUGUGUGUGUGUGUGUGUGUGUGUGUGUGUGUGUGUGUGUGUGUGUGUGUGUGUUAGAUGUAUAUGUGUGUGUCUGUGUGAGAGAAAAGACCGAUUAUGAGAAGCUGUGAACCAGUGAGUGACACAAUUCUCAACACUGUGGCCCCUCCCCCACCCCUGGGAGUUGCAUCCUGACAUGUAAAUGAUUCUCAUUAAGCGUUGGCAAUGUGUGUGUGUGUGUGUGUGUGUGUGUGUGUGUGUGUGUGUGUGUGUGUGUGUGUGUGUGUGUGUGUGUUGCGAUAAUUUCCUCUGAUCUGUUUUCUGACCUGUUUGAAAGGGGGUUUUGUUUCUCAAUGCUUUCAGUAGUAAUUUUUUUUUUUUUUUUUUUGUUAUGACAUUGCUCCUCUUUUUUUUUGUAAAUAUCAAUGAUGUGGACUUACAGUGAUAAAAUACUGCCUUUGUGUAACUUAGCAAUAUGUUAUGUAAAUAGUGUUUUGUUGAUGCUUUUUGUAUGACAUUAUUAUUCGAUUCUAGUGCAGUAAUUCCAACUGGAACAGCCAUGUUUCAAAUACAGUCUGAAGGGUUACACACAAGUUGUAAAAUAAAACUCUUGACAUGGCUGCUUUUUUCUGUUAUUGGUGUCUAUUUGUCUUGCAGAUUUUGUGUAAUUUAUUGGUUUAAUUUAUCCUAAUUUAUUUGAUGUUGUUUUCUUUUGUUUUUCAAACAGGGAAGGCUGUACUGCAUUUCGUUAUGUAGAACCAAUUUAAAAGAUUUUAAUCCUUAUCUACCUAAAAUUGAAUUUAAGAAAUUAGUAUUCUAGCGUGCUCAUACAAUUGAGAGAAAUGAUAAAAUGGAGAUCUUGGCAGCUAAAUGGAACUGGACAGUUUUAAAGAAAAAAAGGUUUUUAUGUUUUGUUCCGGGACAGGGCCGAGGGUGGGCUAGAACGCUGAAACUAGUUUGAAGCAGUUUUGUAUUUUCUCUUGAGAUUUUUUCCCCUGUAUUGCUUUGGCCCAGCCCAAAAACAACCAGUAGUCAAAUUGCCUUUCGUGCCUUCACCCUCUAUGAACUGAAUGUAUGUGCAGUAUAUAUGCAAGCUUGUGCAAAAUGAAUAAAAAAUGGAAAUAAAAAUGAAAAA